GGACUCCAUGAUCUCUAGAGGUCCCUUCCAACCCCUACAAUUCUGUGAUUCUGUGACCCCUUUCCAGGAGUUACCAGGAAAGGGACAAGCUGAGCCAUAAGCUUAGUUCCCUGAACCCAUUACACUCUUAUGGGGAGAAUGCGUGUGCAGAUAAGAUGCCAUCUGCAUGUGCCUCUUGAAAGUCCUUGGGGAACUUUCAUUACCAUACCAGUCACAUCAGGGAACCAAAUACCUUGGCGGUCUGUAUGUGUGUUUAUGUCCUGUGUGCUAGGUAGGUCUGCUAAAAUGCAAAUCACUGCCUCAUCCCAGCAGAAAGGCCUUUCCUCUGGAGAGAGACCAUGUGACUUCAGAUGUGCAGAUGAUAACUUCAGCCCAUCCCUUUCUCUGCCUGAGAUACAGGAGGCACGGUGACAAAACAGAUUUCCAAUAGCAUGCAAGCAGCACAGCUGGAGGGCUGCAGCCAAGAACUUCUGCAUCGUGAUGAAUAUGGCAUUUACCCUUGACUGCUUCUGAGGAGUGAAGCUCAAGAAAUUUGCUCUCAGGAGGCUGUAUUGGUAGGUGAAGAGUAAGUGCUUUGUGAGCUCCAGAGCCCCAGGGAGGACUGGAGUGCUGGUUCUGCAGAGCUGCACCCCUCAUUAUGCAGUUCUGGUUCUAAAAAGGGACUGCUUCUACUUCGAAAGGAGGCUUCUCAAGGUAACUCUUGUGGAAAAAAAGCAGGUCUGCAAAGUGAAUGAGUGAGGGGUCAAUGCUUUUGCCCUGAGAAAAAUCAGUGUGCUUUAAGCUGUCAAGUUUGACCUGGACUGGAUCAGUCAUCCAGAGCUUCUGAAUACAGUGGUGGUGUGAGGAGCGCUUCCUUGUGGCUUGAGGAGCCUUCCUUGUGGCUGAAGGAAGAGCACAGCAGAUGCGUAUUACGCCAACAGCUGAGAGAGACAUGCUUCGCACCCGCAGUGAUUAAAAUCAGAAAUGGAGUGUAGUGUUAGCACCAUGGGAUGCUGUGCUUCUGCAGAUUACAGUAAAGGCAAAUAUAAUGAAGCAGCUGUAAAAGCUUCUGUGUUAAUCCAGAGGUGGUACCGUUGUAAAAGAGCCCAGCUAGAGAUCCGUCGCCGCUAUUCUCUGACUAUCUUUGAGUCAAUCGAAUAUGCUGAUGAGCAAGAGCAAACACAGCUGUCCAACUUUUUCACAUUCAUGAUGGAGCACUGUGUUCAUCGUGGUGAAGCUGCUCACACUUCCAACAGCUCCCAUGAUUCUCCUGGUACAGACUCAUAUGUAAUUGAAUACGAAAAGAUUGAUGUUCCAGACUCCUAUCGCGGACCACGACUCUCAUUUCCCCUUGAUAUUGCACGCGCUAAGGCUCUUCUUAAUGCGCUCAAGGAUCGACAGCUACUUCAUGCCCGCUAUGUGCUGCAGCUGUUGCAUGAGGCCAGGAGGGUUCUCAAGGAGAAGCCAAAUAUCACCCAUGUUUCAGUUUCCUACUUCAAGGAGAUAACCAUCUGUGGAGACUUGCAUGGAAAUCUGGAUGAUCUUUUACUGGUAUUCCACAAGAAUGGUCUGCCUUCAGAAACCAACCCUUAUCUCUUUAAUGGCGAUUUUGUUGACAGAGGAGAAAAUUCUAUGGAAAUACUUAUAAUCCUCUUUGUGUUUCUUCUUCUCUACCCGAAUGAUUUUCACUUGAACAGAGGAAACCAUGAAGACUACAUCAUAAACAUGAAAUACGGCUUCUCUAAAGAAGUUUUGAAGAAGUAUAAGGACCAUGGCAAGAUAAUUCUGUAUCAUCUGCAAGACAUUUUCAGCUGGCUUCCCCUUGCCACUUUAGUUAAUAACAAAGUGCUUAUUGUGCAUGGAGGAAUUUCCGACAACACAGAUUUGGAUUCCCUGAAUUUAAUUGAGAGAAGUAAGCUGAAAACACUGAUGAGGCUACCGAAGACAGACAAAAAGAAACAAGCGGAAAUACAAGGCAACUCACCCCAAUCCAGUUCACAUCCAGGGAUCUCUAAGAAGGAACAUAAACAAGUCCUGGACAUUCUCUGGAGUGAUCCACAAAAAAAACAUGGCUGUACUCUGAACCAGCGUCGAGGAGUAGGUUGUUGCUUUGGCCCUGAUACCACUGACCAGCUGCUUAAAAGGUAUAAUCUGAAGAUGCUAAUCAGGUCUCAUGAAUUUAAGUUGGAUGGCUACGAUCUCACUCAUGAUGGGAAGGUUAUCACUAUAUUUUCUGCUUCUAACUAUUAUCAAGAGGGGAGCAACCGGGGAGCAUACAUCCGAAUGAAUCCUGAUCUGGUUCCUCAUUUCAUACAGUACCAAGUCUGCACGUGCACAGACAAGCAGAAAAAUUGGGAGAGGGUAAAAACAAUUGAACAGUCUGCUUUACAAACCUUAAAAGAGAGGAUUUUUGUUCACAAGCAUAAACUCACAGACGCCUUUGCAAAGUAUGACAGCAGCAGCACAGGCAGGAUUUCUGUCAAUGACUGGGCAACAGCAAUGGAGUCUGUCCUACAACUCCAACUGCCCUGGAGGACGCUGAAGUCUCAGUUAGUGAAGACAUAUCCAGACGGAAAUGUUGACUACAUGUCAUGUUUUUACUAUAUGAACACAGCUCGUCCUAUGCAUCAGGUUCAGCCAGCUUUGGUGGAAACGCUGUGCAAAUACAGAAGUGAUCUGAAGGUGAUCUUUAACUUUAUGGAUGAAGAUCAGUCAGGUCUGAUUUCUCCUGAUGAGUUCCGCAAGACGUGGAAAAUCUUCAGUUCUUACCUGGGAAUUCAUUCACACGAUGAAGCCAUUGACAAGUUAGCCCAGAGCAUCGACUACAACAAAGACGGCUACAUUGACUUCAAUGAAUUUUUGGAGGCCUUUCAUGUGGUUCACAAUCUAGAGAACAAGGCAGCCUAGGGAAAGGGCAGAACUUCUUGGGGGUGUCAUGGGAGCCUGGAAAAGCACUUCCCAGACUGACAAACAAUAAAUGGUAAGCAUUGUGGUCACUGUGUAAGCCUGUGUUUAAUCCCUUUGGGAUGAUGCAUACCUGCGAGUGAAGAGACCAGACGGGAUGACCGCUGCCAUGUGCAGUAUUGAUGCAUCACUGCCACGUCAGUAUCUUGUCCUCAGCCCGCGUGUCAUCUCCUCCACCACCCUAGUCUGUGAAUGCUACCAAGGUAGCACCUGCAGUGCCAUGGGAAGAGACACUCUGGUAUGUUUCCCCCAGCAGCCCUUAGAGACAGCUAAGAAACAGCACUGCUGGUCACAGGGAAUAUACCAGUCUCUCCUUCGGGAUAUACAGGAAAAACAGGCCUUCAGUGAACCAUCCAGUCCAGGUGAAGAACCAUCUCCUUAAAACAAGCAGUUCUGCAUAUUUAAUCUUACUCUUUGCAUGAUGCAAUUAAAGCGUUCCACAUUACUGGUUUUCCUCUUUGAAGUUUACAGGCCCGACUUAAAGGAAAGGUGUCUAUACCUGCCAUAGACUCGUACUUAGCACUGGUUACUUCUGCAGUUGUUAGGCUUGGGGGUUGAUGAGCAGUCCUAACUUGUCACCUUAGUCGGGGCUAAAUCCAAAGCAUGUUCACGUGCCAUGCAAUAGAUCACAAAAUAAAGCUUAAGCUUUUGAAGUAC